AUGCAGCUCACACACCUCACUGCCGCUGGGUUCAUCCCAGGCCUAGCAUAUAUGCUCUCCCACCACACUGGACUGUCUAUUAAUGGUCUCCAGCUACUAAAUCCUAGUAUCACCUGCCCGGGACUUGAUACAAGCAAGCUAUACUACAUGAUUGGCACCAUUACUGACAAUGGCCUGGGCACCACGCUCACAACAACAAUAUCCACCACCACCACCAGGACUACUACCACCACCUUGUCUGCUCUGACCCACUCCCUUACCAUGCCAGGCAUUAUAGAUAAUUACAAUAGCUUCUACAAGAUCUCCUCCGGCAACCAGUGUGACACAAUUGCUAAGGCGCACAGUAUCAGCAUAGCUCAGCUCAGGAGCUGGAAUAGUGAGAUUAAUAAUAACUGCUCAAACCUCUGGCUAGACUACUAUAUCUGCAUUCACGUCCCUAGCAUAAUAACCAUGUUACUGGGAGCGCUCACGCCCACUAGUAACCCCUCAGGCCCAACGCCCUAUGGGGAUAGCUGCUGGUCUAUCUAUACUAAGGUAGGGGUUAUACUUACACAGCUAUGUGAGUGGAACAUAGGGCUUAAUGCUGCAUGCAGUAACUUAUAG